AUGCUCGCCACGCAGGCUUUCGGCUGGGUCAAGGGAGACGUCGACCCGCGCGACGUGGCCCAAGCGUUUCUUGAUGCAUGCAGCAGCAUCAGCAUUCCCGCCAUGACGUCUGAGCUCCUCAGCCGGCCGCCACCACCAAAGAUCGUCAAACUAGUCCUCCACCUAGCCAACUCAUCCACCUCGGAUGAGGACCUCCUCUACGCCACGGGGCGAGCCGCUUGGUACCAGCCAGAGUACCCUGCUAUCCCCGCCGAGGCAGCUGGUCGUCAAUUUCACGGUCUCAGAUACGACCUCCGCCGCUACACGCUCUCGGUGACACCGCGUAGCCAGAGAGGCGUAGGACUGGCCCCAUGGUCCAUGGGCCUGGCAGCAGUACCGGUGAACGCCACGUACGAUCCUCCCGCAGUCAACACGCACCCAGGCUACGUGGUCACGAUCGUAGACGAGUACGCCAGUCCGCACGACCGCGAAGGAGUCGGACGGGAUCCUUGCCACGUCAAGACCCGGGAGCUUGAACAGCAGCUCCUGGAUUCAUAUGCGGCAAGGGCCCUCAUCCACAGUCUGCUCACUCACGUCAACGACGGUGGCGCCGCAAGGUCUAUGAUGAGGAGCAAUUCGUUCGACUGCGCGAUUCCGACGAUCCAGCCAUGGCGUACGACAGACAGGACAUACGGCUGCUACCGACUGGGGGUCAACGAUGCCGGCAGCAUCUACAAUUCAAUCUCAUCGUACGAUAUCACCGAGGCUCGCGAUUGGGCGCGACAACUGGAGGAGGUUAUCGAGGAGGUGCAAGAGACGAGAGGCAGGAACCAUCUGCGCGCCUCGCCCGGUAGGCGAGAGGUUGCAGACAAGUGGAUCAGCAGGAUCCUGCACCUCGACAGUGAUGAUGUGGCCCAAGCGCUGCAUAAGAGGCGCCAGGAGCUUCAAUCGAUUCGUGAGGACUCCUCAGGUAAGCGCCGAAGAGUUGGCGUCUCCCAUUGA